AUGUUGGCUGAUUCUCCCCCACCCCACCGAGCCCACACCUCCACGGAAGCGGAACAGUUCCCCCAAAGUACGCUGCUUCUCGACCAAAGGCCCCGCCCUUCCUCUCUCUGGAUCUCCGGAAGCCCUUUUGGCGCUAAAGCGACUCCCGACUCAUCCGUCCGCCCUCCUAGUUCUCUAUCUCUCGAUCCUCGGAUCGCACACAUCACACGUCUCCCAUGGGUCUCACGGAUCCCAUACGAGACUCACCAAGUCGCGAAGCAAGUCAACUAUGAAGCCGAUAUUAAAAAGACGAGCCACUCGGAAAAGAAUUCUUUGGACCUUGACAGAGGAUGGGAGGAGGCAAUUCACUACAGUAACCACGGCUGGGGCGGGACGUCUGGUGUCGCGAAACCCAAUUCUAUACGGGGCUCCGAGAGCCAGCUCGCUCGUGGUUUAGGGAUCACCGAAGCGGGCGCGAAUGGCAUCCGUGGUGGAAAGGAUUCGGACCUGAGGCUGGACGCUUUAUCGGCCACCCAAGAAUCGCCUAUAUCAUCCAGCGUAACCGGAUGUACCAUAACCCAAACCCUCACCUCUCCCGUCUCGUCGGUCGCGCCUACCCUUUCACCCAUCCGGAGUUCUCUGGAGAUGAAUUUCAGGAUUCGAUCCCGAUCCGAGCUCGAUACCGCUUCCCGCCAGGAGCAGAUUCGAAGAGCGCGUCGUGAGUUUGAGAUCAAGGAAGCACAGAAGCAGGCCCUCCGGGACGAAAAGGCUGCUCGAAGGAGGGACGCCGAGGUCGAGAAGGAGGCCCAGAAGUUUGUGAGGAAGCAGAAACAGCUCGCCAAAUCCAACGGGCUGGCGAGUGGCCGUAACAGUGUCAGCGCCGAGGCCCGACCGCCCUAUUCGCGCAAUAACACGGCCGGCACCAACGAACUUGCCGUUGACCCCGAGAAGAGCGAAUUUGCUGCCAACAACUAUGCCAGCACCGCCCCAGGCGCCGUCCCCGUGGCCGAAGCCGCCCAAAUCGAGACCCAGACCCAACCCCGCCGCUCUCAAACCGCGCGCCGCAAAACGGCGUCGGCAUGGACGUCCUUCAUCUUGUGGGUCAGGACCAAGUUGUUCAAAGCCGGUAGACGUUAG